AUGCUUUCCUCAUCUGAGUGCAUUACCUGGUUUGCCGUGGUCCUGGUCGUUUCUGUUGCUAUAGUAACAGUGAACCUACUAUCAAUCAUCCUUUUCAUAAAAAACAGUGAUCUUAGAACUCGUAGCAUGUACUUGGUUAUAAACUUGACUGUAGCUGACACUUUAGUCGGAGUAAUUUCCAGUCUUCAAUUUCUACGUUUUUCAAGCACCGAAUGCAAAAAUGCAAAUAAUCUGAAUGGAACGUUUAAUUGGGAAAGGUACAUCAUAACUUCGUUUCUUUUCUAUUGGUUUCCUCUUACUUCUCUUACAAAUAUUACUGUAAUUUCGUUAAAUGCGACAUUUCGUCCAUUCAGUCAUCGAGUUAUCAAAAAAUGGGUCUACGGGGUAACAAUUUCUGUUGUCUGGGUUUUAGCUGCAAUCAUAUCAGCUGCAAUUAUGAUACUUUUGUUAUUCGACAAAGAAAGUUUACACCGUCAGUAUUUAUGGCAAUCAUAUUCCUUAUUAUGUCUUUUUGUUAUCUGUGCUUGUUACGCCUCGAUUAUUGUCAAAAUUUGUUGUGAGGCGCGUCCUCAGCACCAUGGCGCAGCCCGUAGGCAAAGAAAACUGACUCUAACGUUACUCAUCAUGACUAUUGUAUCGUUACUGUUGUGGCUACCAUUUGCUGUAGCCACCUUUGUUUAUUAU